AUGUCUUCCUCUGAUCUCUACGUUCUUGAUGACUCCUUCUUCCGUCAUUCUUCAAACUCAGAAAUGGCGUCUUAUGAACCAGACCAGUUCUUCUCCGAGCCAUUCUCUCCCUUCUCAGACAUUGACAUCCUCCAAGCAAUCUCAGAUCACCAAAGCAACCAAAACCCAGUUGAAAACCAGUCUCAUCAUAAUAAUUCACUCGACCAAAGCUCUCCAACAAUCCUCUCUUCUUCUCCCCCAAGUUACCAAUUGGAAAGCUUGAGCCUUUGCCAAGCAACCCAUCUGAACCCUCUGGAUCAAAACUGCGCAAAUUUGGCAAAUGGGUUGCCAAAUUUCCCUGCUUUCGAUGCUCUGGAAGUCAAAACUGAGCAAUGCCAUUUAGCUUUUGACCAAAACGCUUAUAAUAAUAACCAAGUUUUUGGUCCUCAUAGCUACAGUGGUGCAGAGAAUGUGGCAAAGUUUAUGCAGAGGAGUUUUAGCAGCAACUCCUUCGAUGGCAAGCCUGGUGUUGUCUUCCAACCUUGCUUUGAUUCUCUCAUGGAAUCUUCAACUUUACAAAACCAAGCCUUGAGCUCUCCUGAAAACAGCUUUUUAGCUGGCCAAAUGAGAAGAGUUUCCAGCACUGGAGAUUUGCAAAAUUUUAGAACAGCCCGCAAUCCGAGAGAGAGCUCGGUGAUGGAGGAAGCUGCUGCAAACUUCAAAAUGGGGAGGUACAGCGCAGAAGAGAGGAAAGAGAGAAUUUCAAAGUACAGAGCCAAGAGGUCGCAGAGAAACUUCAACAAGACCAUUAAGAUUCUUGUCUCUGAACUGAAUCUGAAUGUGCCUGGUUUGUUUCUUCUGUGUACCCAAAAAAAGUAUGCAUGUCGAAAAACACUAGCGGAUAACCGACCCCGCAUACGUGGCAGAUUUGCACGCAACGACGAAACUGGUGAGGUUCUCAAGGCUGCAUGUUCAAGUAACAGAGAAGAAGACGAAGAUGAACUCUGGGUGGAAGGGUUCAAUGUGGAAGAAGAAGAGAAUGGAACAGUGAGAGGAGGAGGAGGAGGAGGACAGUUUAUGAACAAUUUUGGAGCAACUCAGUUUCAGUACUAUGGCUUUUGA